AUGGCUCUUCCGGGUGGGAAGGGGCACCCGGGCCCCGUGAUGGGAACUUCGGCCAAGGCGGACCUCAAGGAGUCGGCCUCAGUGCAGUCCGAUGACCAGUCGGGACUCCGGGGUCUCAUGAUCGAGGUGCAAAGCCACACUGUAAAGGGUCAUGGAGGGAGCAGAGGGAAUAGCGGUGCCUCCUCUGGGAAUGACCAGCCACGGUCUGUGAAGGUGCUGUGCUCUGUCGCCAAGCUCACCUGCGUGGGUCGUCCUGGGCUGGACGCCGGUGACGGACCCUUCCGCCGUCCUGUCUUCACGCAGGAGCCUCAGGACGUCACCUUCCCUCUGGACUCCGCGUGGCCUGCAGUCGCCCUGCGCUGUGCUGGGGACGGCCACCCGCCCCCACGCUACAGGUGGAGGAGAAACGGCACGGACCUCGAUCUCUCCGCGAGUUCUCACUACCGGCUGGACGGAGGCAACCUGGUGGUCAGCAGCCCGCCCACGGGUCAGGACGAGGCCACGUACCAGUGCCUGGCCACCAACCUGCUGGGCACAAUCCUGAGUCGGAAGGCGAAGCUCCAAUUUGCAUAUCUCGAAGACUUUGAAUCCAAGGCAAGAAGUGCAGUGUCCGUCCGCGAGGGCCAAGGCGUGGUGCUCCUCUGCGGGUCACCGCCACACGUCGGAGGUGUGUCUUAUGCAUGGACCUUCAACGAUGACCCUUUACAGGAAGACAACCGACGGUUUGUCUCUCAAGAGACAGGCAGCCUGUACAUCGCCAAAGUGGAACCAUCAGACGUGGGCAACUACACCUGCUCCGUAACCAGCAGGGACGCUCGGAGAAGUGUCCGUGGACCUCCCACGCCGCUGGUGCAGCGCCCUGAUGGUGCAAUGGGGGAGUACGAACCCAAGAUCGAGGUGCGCUUCCCGGACACGCUCCCCACGGCCCAGGGGUCCCGCGCACAGCUGGAGUGCUUUGCCCUCGGAAAUCCAGUCCCCGACAUUAGUUGGAGGAGGUUGGACGGAAGCCCGUUGCCAGGGAAGGUCAAGUACAGCGAAUCCCAGGCUACCCUUGAAAUCCCGAACUUUCAACAGGAAGAUGAAGGGUUCUACGAGUGCACGGCGGGCAACCUUCGGGGCAGGAACCUGGCCAAGGGUCAACUCGUCUUCUACGCCUUUCCAGAAUGGGAACAAAAGAUUCAGGACACACACCUGUCCGUCUACGACAGCCUGUUCUGGGAAUGCAGAGCUCGCGGGAAGCCCAGCCCCUGGUACACCUGGCUGAAGGACGGGGAGCGCCUGGGCCCCCAGGAAAGAAUUCAAGUAGAAAAUGGAACACUUACCAUAACCAUGCUGAAUGUGUCUGAUUCCGGCGUCUACCAAUGUGCCGCCGAAAACAAGUUUCGGGUCAUUUACGCCGACGCGGAGUUGAGAGUAUUAGCUUCAGCUCCUGACUUCUCCAAAAAUCCCAUUAAAAAAACCUCAGUCAUUCAAGUCGGCGGGGACAUCGCCAUCGCGUGCAGGCCCCAGGCCGCGCCGAGGGCCACCGUCUCCUGGAGGAGAGGGACGCAGGGCCUGCAGCCCAGCCGAAGGGUGUUUCUCUCGGAGGACGGCAGCCUGAGAAUACGCAACGUGACCAGGGCGGACGCCGGGCCCUACACCUGUGUAGCGGCGAACCAGUUUGGGGUGGCGAGGAGCACCGGCAGCCUCGUGGUGAAAGAGCGUACUGUCCUCACUGUCCCGCCGGCGCCCCUGGACCUCACGGUGGGCGAGAGCGUGGUCCUGUCCUGCCAGGUGGCCCACGACCCCUCCAUGGACGUCGAGUUUGCGUGGUCUUUCGACGGACGCGCCGUCGACUUGAAAAGGGGCUCGGCCCAUUUUGAGAGGAUUGGAGGGGGAUCCGUCGGGGACUUGAUGAUAAGGAACAUCCAGCUGAGUCAUUCGGGGAAGUAUGUGUGCACAGUGAGGACACCCCUGGAGAGCUUGUCGGCUGAAGCUGACGUCAUUGUCAGAGGCCCCCCCGGCCCCCCCGAGGACGUCCGCGUGGAGCACAUCUCCGCCACGACCUCGCAGGUGCGCUGGCGGCCGGGCCCGGACAACAACAGCCCGAUCCAGAUCUUCACCGUCCAGGCCCGCACCCCCUUCUCCGUGGGCUGGCAGGCCGUGUCCACCGUCCCAGAAGUCCUCGGCGGCCAGACGUCGGAAGCCACGGCGGUGGGGCUGAGCCCCUGGGUGGAGCACGAGCUCCGCGUGGUUGCGGGCAACAGCAUAGGGAUUGGGGAGCCGAGCAAACCCUCCGAGCUGUUCCGAACCAAAGCAUCAGCCCCCACCGUGGUGCCGACCAACAUCCAGGGAGGAGGAGGAAGCCGGUCGGAACUCGUUGUGACGUGGGAGCCCAUUCCAGAGGAACUGCAGAACGGGGGCGACUUCGGCUACGUGGUCCUGCUGCGGCCGGUGGGCUCGGCCACCUGGACCAAGGAGAGGGUCCCGGCGGUGGAGUCGUCCCGAUUCGUGUACAGAAACGACAGCAUCACCCCACUCUCCCCCUUUGAGGUCAAAGUGGGGGUGUACAACAGCGAAGGGGAAGGGGUGCCGAGCACAGUGUCCAUUGUCUACUCCGGGGAGGACGAGCCUCGGCUGGCCCCAAGGGGGACCUCUGUCCAGAGUUUCUCUGCCUCGGAAAUGGAGGUUUCGUGGACGGCCAUCGCCUGGAACAGGAACACGGGACGUGUGCUGGGCUACGAGGUCUUGUACUGGACAGAUGACCCCAGGGAGCCCACGAUGGGUAAGAUCAGAGUCCGUGGAAAUGUCACGACCACGACCAUCACGGGGCUGAGAGCUAACACCGUCUACUUUGCCUCCAUCAGAGCUUACAACACCGGCGGGACGGGGCCCUCGAGUCCCCCAGUCAACGUCACGACCAGAAAGUCCCCUCCAAGCCAACCCCCCGCCAACAUUGCCUGGAAACUGACGAACUCUAAGUUGUGUCUGAACUGGGAGCACGUGAGAACCACGGAAAACGAGUCCGAGGUGCUGGGCUACAAGAUUCUGUAUCGGCAAAACAGACAGAGUGAAACGCACGUCUUGGAGACCAACGACACGUCGGCGGAGCUGCUGGUCCCGUUCGAAGAGGGCUACCUGAUCGAGAUCCGGACCGUGAGCGACGGCGGGGACGGGAGCAGCAGCGAGGAGAUCAGGAUUCCAAAAAUGUCGAGUUUGAGCUCCAGAGGCGCUCCAGAUGUCGCAGAACCCGGCCUCCGGUGUCUGUCCGUUGCCGUCCUGAUUUUGACCGUUUUGCUAUUCAGCCACUUGUAUGAUGAAUAA